GCAAGACCAGUCUUCCAACCCGAACCGUUCUAUGAUUCUGUGUAAUCACUCUGUUCCAAAUAAAAGCCUUUUGGAAAGAGCCUUUGAUGCUGUCGACCUGCAUGGCGUUACUCAGGCUGUUGUGUACCACAGAGCACAAAAUAUAGCUGGAAAGCUAUGCGUUUUGCAGAGGAAGUGUAUUCGUGUGAGACUGCUCACCUGUUUUUCCUUUAUCUCUAGAUAUGGUCCCAAAAUGCCUCUUGCAGUGGAUUGUACUGCUGAACUGAUUCGUUGCAAGGUUCUGGAUUCAUCUGGCAGAUUGAAGUCACACGAGCUCAUCCUCUCUUAUGGGCUGGCUCUUGUAAGGUUUGUCAACUUGAUCACAGAAAGGAAACAGAAAAUGGUCAGCAUUCCUCUGAGACAGUUAGCCAGAGAGGUGGAUAUCCCCAUCUGGGUUGUGGAUCUCCGUCACGAGCUGACCCACGGGAAGCUGCCACGCCUGGCUCUGUGCCGCAAGGGUUGUGAUGUUGUGCUGGACUGGCUACGAAAGACAUAUUGGAGCCGUCAGCUGGGCAAUAACUUGUGCGAAGAAAGUGAAGAUGAGGACGAGGAGCAGGAAGAAGUGGAAAGAAAUGCAGAGUUGGACAAUGAUGCAUGGGAGAUUCAAACUCCACAGCAUGAGGCCUGUCAGAAACACAAGGAAUUCCAUGAAAAAGUCAGAGAUGUGCUGAUAUCCUACAAGAAUGAGCAAUUUCGGGUUAUGCAGACUGUGCAGUCUGUUUCGAAGUCUCGAGAACUGUGGUCUGAUUCAUCUUCAGAAGUGGACUGGAUUUUGGCUCAGAUCAAAGACCUGAUGCAAGAGAACAGGGAGACAGUGGCUGAAGCUCUUCUCAGUGAUGGCUUUCUCAUCCCAAAGAUGGAUUGUCUGAAGAUGCUAAAUAUCAAGUAUGAAGUAAAUAAAGAGGUAUGGCAGUUCAAAAUUCCUCAGACGUUUUACUGCUUUUGGCAGCCUUUGCUGACAGGCCUCCUCUCCCGAAGUUUUACACAGAUCCUAAUAGAGAAAAUGUUUAUGGAGUUGAAGGAAUGUUCUGACUCUUCAGAGCUCCGGCCUCAGUUCUUGAUCAACUGGAUUUCUGAGAUGCUGACUGGCAUUGCCAAAGUAAACGCUGGUGAGUAUGUCUGGAAUCUUCUGUGUGUAAAAAAUAGACGGGCACAGAAGAGCUUUAAUUAUUCAAAGCGUGUCACAGGAAUUCUCUUAACAGAGCUUUUGUACUGCGAUAUAGCGUAUCCCUCAGGAGGUUUCCAGCUGGCUAAUUUUGCCACCUCUUCUGUCCUCUCCCGGUCUGGCUCAGUCUGCAGCAACGUUUUGCCAGUGUCUGUGGCAGUCACAGGGAAGAAAAGACAACACUGUAACAAACAGGUGCCGGUGAAGGAGCUGUUCCUCCAUAAAGUUCCUUUGCAGUGGAUAAAACUGACUGAUAAUUGCUUGGAAGCUCCCUGCUGGGCAACUCCACACCUUCUUCAGCUGAUCCUCACAAUCAUGAGACCUCGCUUGCCACGUUCUUCGCGAAAGAACCUUCUCUAUCUUGCUUCUGUUUACACAGAAGGAGGUGGCCCUUUGUCCAGUCCAGGCCUCUCUUCAAUCUGCAGUGAACAGCCAAUUUACACUAUAGAGAGCUUACAGUGGAGGGCCAGGCAAGAAAAUCAGGUUAAAAAUCAAGGGCAGAAUGUAGACAAACAAGAAGAUGUGCUGGAGAGAGAUGGUGUAGAGGAGGUGGAGGAGGAGGAAGAAGAGAUGGUAACUGAAACAAAUCCUUUGGAAGGACUUGCUCAUUCUGGUGAUGUAGUGGCUAUUGCUGAGAAAAAGGCAGCACUGCAAGGGUCCGCCUGGCAGAUCACUGCAGAUGAAGUACGAUGGAAAGACUUUCCUCUUGGGAAACUCCCAGGUCAGACAGAUGACCCCGAUGGUCUCAUGUUGGAUCAUUAUUCCAUGAUGUCUCUGCUUGAUCAGCCAGUGAGAGAUGAGUGGAAGUCUCCUAUUACAAAGUGA